CGAACGAAGAGGUGAAAGCGACGGCUAGGAACCGUGGCCGCGACCCGCGAACGCAGACGGCCUCGAGCUCUCCCUCGUCCCCCUGCCCUGCCCGCACCCUCAACCCCCGCCCGCGGGCUCUUCCUCCGGCCCCCAGGCAGACGCUCUUCGCUCCCCGUCCGCGCCCGGUGCCCAGGGCACCCGAGUCCCGCCUCAGCCAGUCCCCCCGCCCCGUGCGUCGCGCAGUCGCGAGAGGUGGUGGUUUCAGGGGAUUAUGGAAUGCUUAACAACAAGUUUUCCAAGAAAUGUUGGAAAAGAGUACAUCUGUUCAAGCAAGUUGGUGUCCGGAAACCAAUGGAUCCCCAAAAGGAUUUGCUGCUACGUCUCUUGUUCGACAAACUCCAGUCGAUGCCACAAGUUCACUGAUGUGGCAUGCCCCAUGAGCCCAGUUAUUCGAAAAAGGUUACGCUGGAGAUGCUUUGCUGCAAGUUUGAACUUAGAAGAUGGCCCUGCACCCUCUGACUCGACGUCAUCUUCAUCAGAGCAGACUACUGAUGCUGAUGGAACUACUAAUGGUGAUGUAUCUGAAAAUCUGCUUUCUCGAAAGCCAAGCUCUGAUGAGUUAAAGGCUCUUUUGGCUGAUUCGGAACGAAGUAGGCUUUUGAGAAGACUGAGUGAAGCAAAUCAAUAUAACCGAUUCCUCAAGAGACAGUUGCAAAUAAAGGAUGAUGCAGUCGUAAAAUUCAAAGGUGAACUUGCUGUUUUGGAACUAGAAAUGCAGGCUCUGGUUGGCCUAGCUGAAGAGGUUGCUAAUUUUGAUGUUCCGUUAGGGUCUAGGAAGAUAAACGGAAAAUAUAUUCAAUCUCAUCUUCUCUCCAGAUUAGAAGCUGUCCAUGAUAAGAUUAUGGAACAGGUAAAGAGUGUUGACGCUUUAAAGACCCAAGAAAUUCCUGUCUACUGGAUUGGCAUGGCUGAGAAUGUGCAGAUCAUGGGUUCAUUCGACGGAUGGUCACAGGGCGAGGCGAUGUCCAUGGAGUAUUCAGGUGACUACGGAAGAUUCUCUGCAACUCUGAAGCUAAGACCUGGAAGGUACGAGAUCAAGUUUUUGGUUGAUGGGGAAUGGAGAUUGUCGCCUGAAUAUCCCACUGCUGGAGAUGGACUGACGCAGAACAACAUUCUUGUUGUGGAGUAAUACAACUUCCUCAUCUACCAUUUCAAUCAUCCAAACAAUGCCGAAGUGCACCUACAUCUACAUGUCUUCUUCCAUCUGUAAUACUAUGCUUACUAUGUGGACAUGUGGUUGCCUCACAGAAAUCGAAUAAAUUAGCCUAUCCUGGCAUAUGAUCCUUUCGUAUUUAAAUAUAUGACGAAUAAAUUAACCUAUCCUGAACGUCAUAUACUUAAAAAUGGAGCGAAUACCAGUGCUAGAUCAC